UGAACUUCAAGUAGUAUACCAUGACGAGACGUGAGACUUUCCUAAACGUUAUAUGUAAGGAUUCCAUUGAAGAAUUUUUGCAUUUCAUCCAGCGUCACAUGGAUGUGUCAGAUUCCUUUGAUCUACAUGAACUGGUUCAAGAGCUAUCAAGGAAGCAAAAGGAAACAUUGUGGAAUAGAUUAAAGGACUUGUUAGCAACGGUUUUGCUAGAUAACCCCAUAGAAGAAUGGCAUAGAGUGAAGGGUGACUAUUUGGAAAUGGAAACAAAUGCAGCACAGAUGCAAACUGCAGCUGUUAUUGAAGGUGUAGCAACUAUAGUUAUUGCAUCCAUUGCUACAUUAGAUGAAAAUAUUGUCAUGGAAGCUCUUUUGGAAUGUGUGGUGAUAUUAAAUGGCAUUCUUUUUGCAUUACCUGAUUCUGAAAAAUCUCUGUUGGAAGCCAUUCAAUGCCUUAAUGAACGCUGGUGGAAGACGGGAUUAGAAGGAAAAGAACAAUUUGGGAAAGCUGCUUUCUUGAUGCUUCUGAAGAAUUGUCUGGGGAAUAAAACUUUUAUGGAUGCAGAUAUAACUGACCUAUAUGACCUUCAAUCUGCUCUGCUGUGUUUUGAUUAUGACUCAGAAGAGAGUAAUGAAAUUGAAGAUUUGUUACUUCAGUGCUUUAUGAACCCAGGUUAUAUUAAAAAAGAAGAGGGGAAAAGAUUCUUGAGCUUUGUUUUUACAUGGAAUGUAAAUUUCAUUAAGUUGAUACACGAGACUAUUAAAAAUCAAUUCCUGUGUUAUCCUAGGUCCCUGAUGAAACAUAUUGCUGAGAUUUACUUCAGAGCCUGGAAUAAGAGUUCAGGGGAAAUACUAGAGGUAAUUGAAUAUAGCUGCAUUCAGGAUUUCAUACAUCACGCAGUUCAUCUUCCCCGGAAGUCCCAAAUAAAUGCUAAAGUGCGAGAGCUGCUGAGCUAUUUCCACAAACAAAAUAAAUGUCGCGAAGGAGUCGAAGAAGUUCUUUAUAGACUUUAUGAACCUAUUCUUUGGAGAGCUUUGAAGGUCAGGAAUUCUGAAAUUCGUUCAAAUGCAGCAUUACUUUUUGGUGAUGUGUUCCCUAUUCUGGAUCCUAAUUGUAAUGAAGAUAGGGAAAAAGGAGUCCAGAGGCAGUUUGAUGAACUUUUUGCUCUCUUACAAGAUCCUGAACCCUUAGUCCGCUCAACAGGAGUACUUGCAGUUAGUAAAAUUACAUAUAAAUAUUGGGAGAUGAUUCCGGCAAAAGUGAUUAUUGGACUUCUGAAAAUUUUGACUGAAGAACUUGCUUUUGAUGCAAGUUCAGCUGAUGUCCGAUGUGCUGUUUUUAAAUGCUUGCCUAUAAUUCUGGACAAUACACUAAGCCACUUAUUACUGGAACAGUUUCUGCCAACCCUGAAAUACAAUAUCCAUGACAGUUCAGAGAAAGUUAGGGUGGCUUUCGUUGAUAUGUUGCUGAAAAUUAAGGCUAUGAAGGCUGCAAAGUUUUGGAACAUUUGUCCUGUAGAGCACCUCUUAGCUCGUCUUGAGGUUGAUUCACGGCCUGUGUCCCGGCGGCUAGUAAACCUUCUGAUCAGCUCUUUCUUGCCCAUCAAUCAACCAGAAGUGUGGUGUGAACGCUGUGUGACACUCAUCCAAAUGAAUGCAUCUGCAGCUAGAACAUUCUAUCAAUACGUUCACGAGUAUAUUAGUCCCACCAAUAUAGCUAAACUGAUGUUUACCAUUCGGAAUUGUUUGAAUGGCUGUAUCCAACAGGAAUUAAAGGAAUCUGAGAGUGGAGAUGAGCACAGUGAAAAAGAAAACAUGAGUGUAACAGAUAAAGUACUUUCAGUUGAUGACAUACCUUCCAUGGCUGGCUUGCUUGAAGUUAUUGUAAUUCUCUGGAGGAGUAUUCAGAAACCACUUGAUUGCAAUGAAGAAGCAAAAAAUCAUAUUAUUGAAAAAUUUGCUUCUGUGCUACCAGAAUAUUUAAAAAUAUUUAAGGAUUAUCGUUGUGUGUCUCCAAUAAUUAUUCUGGCAUCUUUCAUCCCACCUACUGCUAUUCCUACAUUCAGUUAUGAUGUGAUUUCAGAGCUGAAGAACAUGAAAAAUGGUGCGGCUGAAAUGAAAUAUUCUACCCUACUUGACUGUCUGUCUCGCUGGGGCAAAUUAGGACAUAUCCUUACAUUAAUCUGUGAUUGGAUAACAGUUGAGCCAAGGAAGAGAAAGACUAAUAUGACUCAACAGCAAGUACAAAUUCAAGAAAUGGAUGAGCACAAACCGGAAUUGGCCCUUGAUUAUUUAGAAUAUUUAUUGACUCAUUAUAUGAACCAAAACUGCCUUUUGUCCCUCUCCAGAGAGAAACUGAACCAGCUUCUGAAAGUUCUUGAAUGUGGAAAGGAUGCCCUAGAUACUUAUAUUCAAGGGUGCAGCCCGGCAUAUUGUGGCUUAUAUGAAGCAACAGCAGUGAGAGCCUUCAGCCUCUACUGCAGAUUAAAUAUACAUCUUUUAUAUAAGUUUGUCUCUGAAGAACAGGAUUAUCUGUCAGCUUUGGAGAGGACGGGGGCCUGGAUAGAAAACAGCAUUCUGCCUCAUUUUUUGUUAGAGGACAAAGAGGGUUAUUUGAAGCCAUCCAGUGAAAUCUGUAAAGUGGUGAUUAAGACUUACCUAGCGACGUGCAAAGUUCUUAUAGCUAUUGGACUUGGUGAUUUUAAAUUUCAAGCUAGUAUUAUGAACUUGGCAUCUAAGCUCAUAUACAGAGGAAAAGGCUCCGUUUUCAUUCCAAUUUUACUUUAUAUCCUGAGAGAGAUUGUUGAAGCUUCCUUAGCCUGUGACAUUGACAACACUGAUUGCAUAACAGAACUUCUAAAUAAUGUUCAUAAAAUGUUCCAGGAAUUUCUAGAAUCUAUGGCACUUAAGCUCAGAAGACAAAAAGAAGAAGGGAUUCAGUUAAUUUAUUUUGCUCAAGAUCCUCUUGAAGAAUUUGUACACGUAGCCCAGUCCUGUAUGUUGAUUUUUCCAAUGGUUUAUCAAGGAGUUUUUUCUUCUCUUUUGGCUGCAGUAGUGGUUGAGAUAAACUGCAACUUGAAAAAAAAGGUAUCAGAUAGAGAACAGCUAAUAACACCUAAGACAUUCUUGGAUCUCCCACCACUUUCCAGCGUUUUAAUGACGAUUAUGAAUAAAUCAGCAGAUGUGAUUAGGUCUUUCCUAAAUGAAUUAUUGGAAUACAUUGAGUCUGAAGAAUCUGAAGGAAUUAUUAGCCUUACCACUAGUGUGUAUAUUGUUGCUUUAAUUAAUGAUAAACAACCUUUCUAUAUGAAUGACAUUGCAGCUACUCUUCAGAAAAAAAUAAUGAUGCACAGUGAAAUGACCAAAGAAGACACGGAAAGACUGCUCUGUGAAGAUGUCUUGUACAUUGUGAAUAAAAUGCUAUGAAGACAAGAGAAUGGGAUAGAAGACAUAUUUAAAACUUUCCAAAGAGAACCACAUAAUGUAUAGUUUUUUUGUCUCAAGUAAAAAAGAAUAUUCUUUUGACUGGUUUUUCUUUGAAAUAUUUUUUGUCAUAGAUUUAAAAAAAUCAGCUGUGUUUCAAAAUUUUCAAUCAAUACAAUUGAUUUUAUUAAACGUAUACAGAUUUUUAAAAAUGCUAGUA